ACCCACCGUCCGUGACACUGUGAUGCACGACAACACCGUGGCCAAUUGCAUCCUCGUCACCUGCCUUGGGGACGCGAGCAUGACAGCACAGGACAGGGCCAGGGUGGUUGAGCUGUGGAUCAGGGUGGCUGAGGAGUGCCGAGGCCUCGGGAACUUCUGUUCCCUCCACACAAUCCUUUCUGCCCUGCAGAGCCCUGCCAUUGCCUGUCUCCAAGACACCUGGGGACAAGUUUCCAGGGAGAGUUCUCGAACCUGGAAGAAGUGGGUCAGGAGAGAGAAACGCAUGAGCAGGGAGCUGCUAGUGCAGGAGGCGACCUCCGUGUUAAAGACUGCAGAGAGGGCACGCCAGGGAGCCCAGGAGAGGCAGUGGCAGCAGGGUGUCGUCCCCUCCCUGGUGACGUUCUUCCGUUCCCUGGAGCUGCUGGACGGUACGAUGGAGGAUUAUGUGGAGGGCAAUGUGCUCAACUGUCGGAAAUGGAAUGAACAAUUCAAACUGAUGGAGGAGAUCGAGCUGCUCCAGGAGGCUGCAAAUCUAUACACCGUGCAGCCCGACGAGCACUUUGGGGCCUGGUUCCAGGCCGUGGAGCCCCUGAGCAAGGAGGAGAGCUACAGCCUGUCCUGCCAGCUGGAGCCCAGAUACCACUGGGUCAGAAAGAUUCGACUCUUCUUCAAACACAAGAAGAACCGCUCAGGGCAGAACACCAGACCCCCAACCAAGGGCCCAGUGGGGGUGGUCGAUGACCCUCCUGAGACCAGCUGAGCUACAGCGGGGACACAGC